UGCUUCCUAAAUAUAAGGCUCUUUGUCUAAGAAGGAAGGUUUAUUCUGACGGGUUGAGAGAUCAUAAUGGCUUCAACUUUACUAUUUUGCCUGCUCUCUUUUCAAUUAUCAUUUGUUUUUUCUGCAAGAAACAUUUCUCUCAAGUGCAUGCAAGAUACUGAUGAAUUCCUUUUUGAUUUGAAUUCAGUGAAGCCCAAAGAAUACGCUCUGAGAAUGUAUGACUCUGUGGGGAAGCUUGGGAGCAACGUUCUUAAUGGAAACGUGGACAGGCUGGGAUCAUACAGUGAGUGCCUCUCCGCCCGGGGCCCAGCAGGGAGCUUCCAAGGGCAGUACUGCAAGCUUUAUGUACAGCAGGAUGGAGCCGAUUAUAGUGUGGGCAUAUGUGUCCCUGAUUCCUGUGCUGAAGAGGAUGUGACGACGAUGUCUCGGCUGGAUAUUUUGAGGUUCAGAAACACUUCGUUCUUGGCUCCUUCCCUCUCCCUCUUUACAGCAAAUUCUUCCUCCUUGUCGGCUGGGAGUGUGGCCAGAUGUGCUGCUGGACUGUUCCCCCUGGACACAUUUGCUGCCCUGUGUCUCUUUCUCACCUUGCUGGGCCUGGCACUCCCUCUGGCUGGAACCAUCCUCGUGGCGGCCAGGGGACAGGGCCCUAACCCUGGGACUUCACCAACACCUGGGACACCUUCCACCCAGUAUGGGAGUGUGCCUUUGAGAGAGGCAGAGAGCAGGUGGCCAAGAAGCAGGUUCCAGUGGACGGCUUGCCCCACCCAGCUCUCUCCCCCAGGAGCCACGAGUGGAGGAAAAGGGUUUCUAGGAGCCGUGGAUCAUGCUCUGCAGUGCUUUUCUUGGCAGAGGAACAUGCCGGCCAUCUGGACUACAAAGAUGCCAGGAGGCACCUGCCCUGCACUGAAUGGCAUCCGUGUCUUAAGUCUCCUCUGGAUCAUCUCAGGACACACCAGCCAGAUGACCGCGUGGCUGUCUUUGGAUAACGUGCUUGAAUGGAAAACCAGAGUGCUUAAAAACCCACUGUACCUUUAUUCUCGGAGUGGCCCCUUCUAUCUUGGGGUUGAUACCUUCUUCCUGAUCAGUGGUUGGUUAAGUGCAAGGUCAUUUCUAAAGAUUCAACAGAAUUCAGACAAAGGACUAACCCCUAAAGUCAUACUCAGAUACUUUCUUAAUCGUCUUAUAAGACUGCAGCCUCUUCACCUGCACUCAGUGUGCUUGUUGGUUGGAUUGUUCCCUGUUGUUCCCUGGGGACCUGUCUGGGAAGUACCCAAAUUCCACUGGGACAACUGCCGGCAAGCUUGGUGGACCAAUCUGCUGUUGCUAAAUAACUUUGUGUCCGUCCAGAAUGCGUGUAAUGGCUGGACCUGGUACCUUGCCAACGACUUCCAGUUCCACCUCACCACACCGCUGAUUGUCCUUGUCUACAGAAAAAGCAAACAUGUGCUUGUCCUCCUCGGGGCCCUGCUGUUCCUGGCAUCUUUCACUGCCACUGCUCUGCUCACACUGGCUUACAGACUUCCCGUGUCGUCUCCAUCGGCAGCCAGUGAAAAUGAGACUGUAAUGUAUUUCUUGGAAUACUACACCAAGCCCUACUGCCGAUAUGGACCAUUCCUUGUGGGCCUCUUUCUGAGCAUUUUCAUGCACCAAAACCAUCAGUCAAAUAUUCUCAAGACCAAGGUGCAGGCCCUGUUGGGGUGGACUUGCUCCCUGCUGACCCUGUUCACGGUUGUCACUCUGGCAUACGUGCUGGACGAUCUCUCCGCUGAGACUUGGGUGGCCGCCGCAGUCUACCAGGCCCUCCACCGGACCCUGUGGGCCGCCGCCGUGGGCUGGGUCAUCUUUGCAUGCCAGGAAGGCUAUGGAGGUCUGGUGAAAAGGGUGCUUUCUUGUGACAUCUGGAGUUUCCUGGCCGGCAUCAGUUACGCUUGCUACCUGGUGCACCCGGUUCUGAUCAUCCUGCACAAUGCACUUCAGGAGACUCUUAUCCACUACACUGAUUCCAACAUGUUCUAUCUUUUCACUGGACACUGUGUGCUGACCUUCGUCUCUGGGCUGGCCCUGACGCUGUUCAUUGAGAGGCCGUGGCAGGAACUGAAGUGGACCCUGUGUGGCCGGGUGCCUGCAGAGCCAUGAACACUCUAACUAAAACCCAGAAGAGUGGAUGGCCCUUUGUUGGUGGUGACAAGCAGAGGCCCUGGUGUCCUCAUUAAGCAAAGGAUGCUUGUGUUCCUGAGAAGAGCUGUGAAUCUUGUUUCGUGAACAUUUAAUACAUACAAGUUCUCUGUGUUUAAAAUAAAAGAGUGUUCUAUGAUAAUUUUUGUAGGAGCACAAUAAUCGCCCUCGGCUGAAUCAUUUUAACAAAAAUCUGGAUUUCUUUUUUUGGGUCUUGGCUUGCAUUUGAUUUUUCUUGUAUCAAUGAUCAUAGUGUAAAAUUAAAAUGGAGCCAGGCUUGGAGGGUCCAGAGUAGACAAAGCCAGUUAACCUUCCUAAGUGACCUUGAACCUUGCUGGAUUGGCAGAUGUAAGCAAAACUUAACUUGAGCUAUUUCUUGUAAAUAUUUAUAAUAAAGAAAAACAGAACUUAAUCAACCCGGAGCAGCCAAUGAACUUAUAUAACCAGGGACUUUCCAAUGCCAGAGACUAAAUAAGGCAGCUCUGUAACUGUCACCAAUCACAUGUUGUGUUUGCUUCCCUCCUGCGCCUGUCCCCCUCGCACUCCCUCCUCGGGAGCUCCUGGACCACUUGUGCCUUGGGGCUGCUUGAUUCGUGAUUGUUAUUUGCUCAAAUGGCUCUAAAAUGUGAUCGUGCUUCAAUUUUCUUUUUUACAAUAGAAAAUGAUCCAAUGUAGUGAAUUUAUUGUAAUUUGGCUUAUGAGGUUCACUUGGGCUCUGA